UUUUUUUUUCAAUUAUAAGAUUAAAGAUAAUAUUUUAUUUAUUUUUCACAUCAUUAAAUGUUUGUUCUCUUUUUGUUUAGUAAAAAUCGAAAAUCUGAAGCAAAACAAACGGCACACACAGUGAGCUUCGAAUCGUUUGCGUGAGCUGAAUCAGGAUAAAGGUUAAUCCCUCUUUGAAGGCCUGGGCUGAAGAUCUUGCUACGUUAAGUUCUGUGUAUUACGGUGGAUUUGUAAGUGAUAUGAAAUCAAAUUAGGAGAAGGUGAAGACCGGAAAACUUGCUGCUACCACUCUAUGCCUUAUCGCAUUUUUAUUUGGUGAUUUAGAUGGAUGUUACUUCUCUGGGUCCAAAUAGCAACACUCAAACCGACCAACACCCUUUGCUGAUGGAGCAGCCAGAAAUCCGUAAUGGUCAUCAGCACAUAAUUGACAUUACAAGGAAUGGUGAAGCUAUAACCACAUCAUCACACAAUGAUCAACACUCUGAAAUGCAUUUAGCACAGAAUGAAGAUCAACCAACUGGGGACACACAAGAUUCCACUCAUCAAACGUCUUCAUCUUCUGCAUCCAGAUUAAACUCUAGAAAUUCUGCUUCGUUGAGACGAGGUGAGGGGUAUGGUCAUCGUGGAAGAAGUCCAUUGAAUUCUGGACUGUGGAUUUCUGUUGAGCUUGUUGUCACUGUAAGUCAGAUCAUAGCAUCUAUCAUCAUUUUGUCAUUGUCCAGGAAUGAACAUCCACAGGCCCCGUUAUUUGCAUGGAUUGUGGGUUAUGCAUCUGGUUGUGUUGCCACACUUCCCAUUCUCUACUGGCGUUUUCGAAACCGUAAUCAAAGCAAUGAACAAGAUGCCUCUCAACUAUCUCAAGGAUCUUCUGGAAACAAUCCUCCAGAUCGAACUUAUACUGCCAUCUACGUUUCUCAUGUCUCAGAUGAGGAGAAUGGUCAUGCUGCACAAUCUGCCACAAGAAACACUAUAAUUCCUGGAGCCUUUACUUCUAGGCUUAAUGGAUUAGUAGACCAUUUCAAGAUGGCCUUGGAUUGCUUCUUUGCUGUAUGGUUUGUAGUAGGAAAUGUUUGGAUCUUUGGAGGUCACACUUCUGCUUCCGAUGCUCCACAAUUGUAUAGGUUAUGUAUUGUGUUUCUUACCUUUAGCUGUAUUGGAUAUGCAAUGCCAUUUAUACUUUGUGCAACAAUUUGUUGCUGCCUACCUUGUAUAAUUUCUGUUUUGGGCAUUCGGGAGGAUUUUUCUCAAAAUAGAGGAGCAACAGCAGAAUCAAUUAAUGCUCUACCAAUCUUCAAAUUCAAAAUGAAGGACAGUGAAAAUGGUGAUGAUCAGGAUGUCAAUGCAGCUAUAGAUGAAGGUGGAAUUUUGGCUGCAGGGACAGAAAAAGAGCGAGUAAUAUCAGGAGAAGACGCGGUUUGUUGCAUUUGCUUAGCAAAAUAUGCAGAUAAUGACGAGCUUAGAGAGUUACCAUGCUCUCACGUUUUUCAUGUAGCGUGUGUGGACAAAUGGUUAAAGAUAAAUGCUUCAUGCCCUCUUUGUAAAAGUGAAGUUGGCACAAGUAAUGGAGGGUCACCUUCAGUUUGGGAUUCCAGUACACAUUAAGGGAGAAUGGUUACCAACAUAACCUUAGUUUCUCUUUGCCGAAGGCACAUAUCCUCCAUGAAGUUGCACCUUUUCAAAUUCACAUCAUCAAACCUUUUGGAUUCUGCUUUAAAGGUGAGAUCCAAAGAGAACAUAAGUAAUACCUUGAAGCAUAUGUUGUGAUGUUGCGAGCUAGUGAAAGGUUUUUCUCCCCUGUCGGCUUUUCCCACGACAUCUGCAACGGUUUUACAUACACGCCAAGUAUUGUUUGUAGAAAAUACGUUGUUUCAAAUCUUUCUUCGUUUAUCAGUUCUCCAUCUGUAUAUAUAACAAAAUUUAGUAAAAAUGUUGAUUUUUUUAAUAUAAAACUGUAACAUACUACCUGCUUCAACUAGCUUUACUUAAA